GGCUCGGCCGGUGGCAGCGGAUGCCAAGUGACACUCAGCCCCAGAGUCCAUGCUUGUGAGGUGCUUUGUAUUGCUCUGAGGAGUAAGAGGCCGGGCGCGAUCGAACCAGCAUUUCCUCCGUUUGCGCUCGUGUUUCUCUUUCCUCCGCAGUUGAGUGGCCCCAGGGAGGUCACUAAGGAGGGUCUGAGGCUCGGUCACCCGGAGUGGGGGCCCUCUAGGCCUCCUGCCCCCAACCCACCCAUCGGCCAAGUUCAGGCGCCAGGGGCCGGCCUUGUAGAGGUGGCACUUUUUUUUUAGACAGGCAGCGCCUUGGCCACCCGGCCAGGCUGUGUCGCCUAGCAACGGCGGGGUCCUUCCUGGCUCGGCGGCGCUUCGGGCCUGAGGGGAGAAAAAUCGCCGCGGAGGGCGCUGGGGGCCGAACGGCGGCGCGCGGGCGCGGGAGGCGGCAACCGGCCGGCGACGCGGGACUGGCGCGCCCGGGGGAUCCGCCGCCGCAUCUAACGGGAGAUGAACCCGGCCGACAAGGACCGGGUGCGGCCCGCGGCCGACGGGCCUGCGCCGCCCGAGGAGGAGGAGGAGGAGGGGGGCGAGGCGGGCGGGAGGGAGCCGGCGGCGGACGCGACCCCCGGGCCCAGCGACGCGUUCCGCCUCCUGGCCGCCCGGCGGGAGCCGGCCGUGAAGCUGCAGCACCCGGUGAGCGGCCUGGAGCCGCUGGCCUGGUCCGAGGACCACCGCGUGUCCGUGUCCACGGCCCGCAGCAUCGCGGUCCUGGAGCUCAUCUGCGACGUGCACAACCCGGGCCAGGACCUGGUCAUCCACCGCACCUCCGUGCCCGCCCCUCUCAGCAGCUGCCUCCUCAAAGUUGGCUCAAAAGCAGAAGUUGCCCAGUGUAAAGAGAAAUUUGCCAGCUCUGCAGACCCCGCCAUCAGCCAGACCUUCAUGCUAGACAGGGCAUUCAACCCAGAGGGGAAGGCUUUGCCCCCACUGAGAGGGUUCAAGUACACCAGCUGGUCCCCCAUGGGCUGCGAUGCUAACGGCAGGUGCAUCUUGGCGGCUCUGACCAUGGACAAUCGCCUGACCAUCCAGGCUAACCUCAACAGACUGCAGUGGGUCCAGCUGGUCGACCUGACUGAGAUUUACGGAGACCGUCUCUUUGAGACCAGUUACAGGUUCUCUAAGACCGAGGCCCCGGGAGGGAACCUGGCGGACUUUGCCGAGUUCCAGAGGAGGCACAGCAUGCAGACCCCGGUGCGCAUGGAGUGGUCCGGCAUCUGCACCACGCAGCAGGUCAAGCACAACAACGAGUGCCGGGACGUGGGCAGCGUGCUGCUGGCCGUCCUCUUUGAGAACGGCAACAUCGCCGUGUGGCAGUUCCAGCUGCCUUUCGUGGGCAAGGAGUCCAUCUCCUCCUGCAACACCAUCGAGUCGGGAAUCACCUCUCCCAGCGUCUUGUUCUGGUGGGAAUACGAGCACAAUAACCGGAAGAUGAGCGGCCUCAUUGUGGGGAGCGCCUUCGGGCCUGUGAAAAUCCUCCCCGUCAACCUCAAGGCCAUUAAAGGCUAUUUCACGCUGAGGCAGCCCGUCGUCCUCUGGAAGGAGAUGGACCAGCUGCCCGUGCACAGCAUCAAGUGCGUCCCGCUCUACCACCCUUACCAGAAGUGCAGCUGCAGCUUGGUGGUGGCCGCCAGAGGGCCCUACGUGUUCUGGUGUCUCCUCCUCAUCUCCAAAGCAGGUCUGAACGUCCACAACUCCCACGUCACGGGCCUCCACUCCCUGCCGAUCGUCUCCAUGACGGCCGACAAGCAGAACGGGACAGUGUACACCUGCUCCAGUGACGGCAAGGUGAGGCAGCUGAUUCCCAUCUUCACUGACGUCGCCUUGAAGUUUGAACACCAGCUGAUUAAGCUGUCAGAGGUGUUCGGCCCCGUGAGGACACACGGGAUAGCGGUGAGCCCGUGCGGGGCGUACCUGGCCGUCAUUACGACUGAGGGCAUGGUCAACGGCCUCCACCCCGUGAGCAAGAACUACCAGGUCCAGUUCGUUGCUCUCAAAACUUUUGAAGAGGCAGCUGCUCAGCUCCUGGAAUCUUCGGUUCAGAACCUCUUUAAACAGGUAGACUUACUAGACCUCGUACGCUGGAAGAUUCUGAAAGAUAAAUACAUCCCUCCGUUUUUACAAGAAGCUUUGGAAAAAAAGAUCGAGAGCAGCGGGGCCACCUACUUUUGGCGCUUUAAACUUUUCCUCCUGAGGAUUCUGUACCAGUCGAUGCAGAAAGCCCCGUCCGAAGCCUUGUGGCAGCCCACCAAGGAGGACGCCAAGACCUUACCGGUCGACUCCCCUGGGCUGGGCCCCGCCGAGGACGAGCAAGAAGAAGGCACGUCCUCCAGGCCGGCGGCCAAGCAGGGCCUCCAGGAGAAGAGCAAAGAGGGGGACCCGGACGACCCGGCGGAUGACUCGCUCACCCAGGCUGGGGACGCCGGAGGCCACGAGCCGAUGGAGGAGAAACUGCUGGAGAUCCAGGGGAAGAUCGAAGCUGUGGAGAUGCACUUGACCAGGGAGCACAUGAAGCGGGUCUUGGGGGAAGUGUACCUGCACACCUGGAUCACGGAGAACACCAGCGUGCCCACCAGGGGGCUCUGCGACUUCCUCAUGUCCGACGAGGAGUAUGACGACCGCACAGCGCGGGUGCUGAUCGGCCACAUCUCCAAGAAGAUGAACAAGCAGACCUUCCCCGAGCACUGCAGCCUGUGCAAGGAGAUCCUGCCCUUCACGGACCGCAAGCAGGCCGUCUGCUCCAACGGCCACAUCUGGCUCCGGUGCUUUUUAACCUACCAGUCCUGCCAGAGCCUGAUAUACAGAAGGUGUUUGCUCCACGACAGCAUUGCCCGCCACCCGACUCCGGAAGACCCUGACUGGAUCAAGAGGCUGCUGCAGAGCCCCUGCCCAUUCUGUGACUCUCCCGUCUUCUGACCGGCCGUGGAGGAGCAGACAGGGCGUGAUCUGUGGGGAACACUCCGGCUGGAGAGAGGGCUGCACUGGGUCUGCCUGCGCAGGGAGGGGCGCUGCUUCUGUCUCUGCGGACCAGAGCUGUCUGUGCGAGACGGAGCCGAGCCCAUUCAUUUCGAGGUGAACGUCAGCCCCCCUCCUUGCUCAGCAAGGAGUACUUGCUUUUACAGCGUCUUGACUGAAGCAGUUUGGACAAAGGCCCUGUCAUCCCAGGAACAGAUUUCUAGAGACUGGAGAAGGCCUGUGGGCUGCGUGAGGGUGAAGCCUGGCCUGGGUCUGGAACUGCCUGUGGCUCGGAGAGCGGAGGUGGCCGGCCCGUGGUGGCCAGUGGCCAGCAGAUGCUCACAGUGUCUGAGCGCAGGGCCCGCUGCUGUGCCCAGCAAACAGCCACAGAACCGAAUCCGCCAAACCUCGUCUGAAAACAUUUUCCUAAACUCUGUAUUUUUAAGAGGUCGAAGCCAAGACUAAGACUGGGUUUAGUGUGUCCAAAGGCCCAGUGACUUGUGAAGGGGUAACUGUGGCACUGAAUGAUUUCCGUGUCACCAGCUUCCUGCCCCAGGGCCGUGUGUAAGGACUCGGGUGCUCACUCAGGCAGCCACGCCCGCUUCAGACCCAACUGUGGUGCCGAGCGAGCCAUCUGUGCACAGAGGAGUGCUCGCUCCUUCCAGUAUUAAAUCUUGGGGUGUUUUAAUAUGGACAUUUGCAGAAGGUUCAUGUCUGUCCAGCCAGAGUUUGCCUAGAGACUGCCAGACAGACAGCAGGCGCUUGCACCCGGCACAGCAGGUGGGCAACUGCUUGGCGAGCUGAGAGUUUCUCCACAGAGCCCCUGCUCUGGCCCACAGGUGUCUCUGGCUAAGAGAUGUUCGACGUUCAUUGGUUUUACAACGUAAAACAAAAAGUAGCCAUGCUGGAGCGACAGUGCUGGGUCUCUCCGGUCAGGUCCUGGGGACCGGUGCCCAUCAGUGCUGCCAUUCUGACUCAUCCUGCAUGAGUUUGCCUGACUGCCACCGCUCCUGCUUCUACUCUGUGUCCUUCAUGAACAGCGUCUGCCUCACCUGCUGCUGCUUAUUCUGGUGGUAAUUUCAAGUGCAGCUCGAUCCAGCCUUCCGUGUCGGCACGUUGAGUUGAUUUUCAGAAAGAGGACAGUCAGCAGUAAAACUCCGCGCAGCGCAGGUGUGUGGUUGCAGACGCUUUCUGCCUGUAGCCGUGUCACUUCCCCCACAAAUGUGACAGUAACAAUUGGGAUCCUGUCAAAGAGUCAUUGCGGUGUUAAUAAUCAUGAAUGCUCCGCUUCACUUAGGAUUUGUUGCUACUCAGAACCGGUAGCUUUAUUGUCGGAGAAUGUGGCACUGCUGCCAUUUAAGAUGUUAAGUGUUUUUUUUUUAAAGCAGUUGUGCGUUUGGGGGAGACGGAAUUAUUAGGCGUUCACUGAAGGGGCCUCCCUAAUGAAUUAUUUGUGUGUCUGUGUAGGAAUAAUCAUGCCACUCUUUUACCAGAACACGCUUCUCCCCAGGGACAGAAGCCCCACCUGCUGCCGCCCAAAUUCCCACCCCCGUCCCUGGAGAUGAGCCCCCGGCCUGAGGGAGGAGCUGAGAGGACUGCAUUGUAACCCUCACUGAGGACAUGCGUUUUAGAGAAAGGAAGAGAGAGAGACACCCGUUGGUUGCCUCUCGCACAUGCCCCAUCUCGCACAUGAGCCUGCACCCUAGUACGAGCUCUGACUGGGAAUCAAACAUGGACCGUUUGGUGCACGGGAUGCCAGCCAGCCAGCCGAGCCGCGCCAGCCAGGGCAGGCGCCUCCACUUCUCUAAGGACAGGCAUCUUCUGCCCUUUUUCUCGUUGGGGAUUGGGCAGCACACACAGUGAGACAGUGUAAGCCCCACACGGACAGCCUCCAGCCGCUGCCUGGCGGGGCCUUUCUUGUGACCGUCCGUAGCGCUUAAGCCGCCCUUCUGCCGCCGGGGGGUCAACAAGGCGCUGGCGGCAGUGCGUCCAGAGCCCCUCCCCCAGGCUCUAACCCGCGCCUGGUUUUAGUGCAGGUAUCCGUUGGCAGCUCUGACAGGGUGUUCACCUUCAGCUGUUCCUCUGGAAUCGGAAAGGGGCUUUUGGAGUUAACGUCACGUCUGCUGACAUGAUCUCUGCUCGCGCUGAUUCCGGAGCACGUGGACCGUGCCUGUGCCCUGUGAGGUCAGAGGUGCACGUGUAGCGUGGCUUCCCGGAUCUCAGUCCUGUAGCCUCGUGCCGGGUGAAGCUGUGGGUGUGCGGGCUGUGCUUGUCCCGGGCCUGCGCUCCGUCUGCAGCACUGUCACUGGCCGAGGGGCUGCAGCCUCCCACGUGCAGACACAGCCUAAGACACAGCUGUUUCUGAACACUUGGUGUGAAGCAACAGGUUUUUAAAAAUACGUAUUUUUAUUGAUUUCAGAGAGGAAGGGAGAAAGAGACAGAAAUCCACAAUGAGAGAGAUCUUUGGUUGGCUGCUUCCUGCACGCCCCCCACUGGGGAUCGAGCCCACAACCCAGGCCUGUGCCCGUGGCCGGAAUUGGUCGAUGCUCUGUCCACUGAGCAAAACCGGCUGGGCCAAAAUGAACAGAUUUAAGGGGAACGGCUUAAAGGUGUCCUGUGAAGAACUUAAUCCUUUCGGUGUAUGAAUCUUCCUCUCCCAGUCUCUAUCCAGCGGGAUGGCUCAGCUUUUCGUAGCUUGCCUGUCCUCUGAGUGGUAACUACCCUCUCGGGGAGUGAGUUUGGUCAGAGCAGUACUGCUGAGAUUGCCACCCGCUGUCUGUCCGUGCAUUCCAGGAGUAGGGGAGUUGAAAAGGGGCAGGUGGACCUCUCAUGCCCACAGAGCAGGGGUGCAGGCUGUCUGGUUGAAAUGCUGUCAGUGGGUGGGGAGGUACAAUACAUUUCAGAGCUCAGGAGGUUGUGUGUAUUUAUAAGGUCAGAGCUGUUUACUUCACCGCCAUGAGCUCCUGUUGCCUGCACAGGAAUAUCGUAAAGUGGUCGCAUUAGAGGCCCCAGAGGCUGUGAGGCCUUGAGGCUGUAAGACUUCAUCCGUCUGUCACGUAGCUAACUUCAUCCGUGGGGUCAGGUGCUUGGGUACUAGUUAGAAUUAAAUGCAAAAAUCAGUGAAGUCUUUUCCAGACUGACUCAGAUCUGUACUUUAAUGUAUGAAAGGGAAUAUCAGACUUGUUUAUAAAAAAAUAAUUGUGUAGAGAAGGAAGUCUGUGUUGUGUGUACUGAUAUGUAGUUUGUCUACGCAGCGCCCAUGCUAUAAUCUUUGUGUUCUGCUCUGAAUUUUUGUAUGUUUACAGAUGACAUUUUUUAAAUAAAAAGAAUAGGCAUUUAAAAACAUAAGGUUAUAAAAGGGAGAUUUAAAAAAUUUUUUGCCAUCUGACCAGGUGGUGUGUUAUUAACUCUUUGUGUUUAAAUGAUAACUGAAGAACAAUAACACCUUUUGCUUGGAAUGUCCCGCCAUCCAGAAAAAUGGCCGCUCCUCCAUCGCACAUGUGUACAUGGUAUUCAUUGUUAGACUGUACGCUCCUCAUGGGCAGGAACUGUCCGUUUCCUCUCGGUACUUCCCGCGGCACCAAAGUCCAGCGCCCACACAGGAAACGGCUGUGGCCGGAGCGGGCUGGGAGCUCCGCCUCCUGUCAGGGGGGCGGCUCACUUCCGGGCGCUCAGGCCUGCUAAGAACGGGACUGGAAGAGGGUCGACUCCUUUCCUGGGAUGAACUGAGCUUCUUGGGGUGCCCCGGAGGGCGCCAUCUCGGCACCAGCAGCCUUCCUUCCUGCGCGUAAGGCACCGCGUCCUGAGCUGCUCUCACCUGGGCUUGGUUUCCGGGGAGGCUGACGGGGGGGAGAGUGUAGAGAAAACGGAGUGGACGACUCGGAGGGGGUUUGCCCAUGUGUAGCCCCAUUUUCACUAAAGAAGGCGCCACAGACCCGCUGUCUCUGCCAGUCAGCUGCCCUCCAUCUCCCUAGCUGACGACAGACCACUGGUGGUUAGCUUUUCUCCAUUUUGGAUUUCCCUGUUGCUCGUUGGAUUCUAGUCCUUAGAAUCUGUAAAGUUGCUGUGAAUAUCUAGUGCUGUACAUAGCGGCAGUUUUGUAAAAAUGUGAUGAAAUAACCUCAAACGUGUUUUGUAUGCAGAGCCACUAGUAUUGUUACCACAGCCAACUUUUUAUUCAAAAU